AUGUGCGACGCGAGCAUCCAUCUUCUCUUCGACCACAUACAGCACGCACUGUUUGCUGCAGACUCCACGAUCGAGCAAUUCGGCUUCAAGCCGGACAUGUGGUUCCAGACACAAGGGGAGUAUUUGGACAAGUGUACAUGCGAUAAUAAGCACAAAACAGCAGAUAUGAAUGAACGAACUAAGAGAGAUGAGAGGUGCGGUGUUGGUAUGGAUCGGGUUGUGCAGUCACUUUGCAAUGAUUUUGACAUGGUCGAGUGGAAAGGGCUAGAUUCGGAGUUAAGGGUGGGAUGGUCGGAGCAAAUUGUGAGUUGUUACAACUUGCCUCCUACUUCGCGAGAGUCCGCAUCUGGCAUCAACAAAUUGGCAAAAGAAAAGGCGGAGCAAUAG